AUGGAUCACCCAGGGGCACUAGACACUGAGGAUGAAUUGGGACCUUUAGCCCAUCUUGCUCCAAGUCCUCAAAGUGAAGCUGUUGCCCACGAAUUCCAGGAACUCUCCUUGCAGUCCAGUCAGUACUUACCCCCCCUGAACGAAAGGAAGAAUGUGCUUCAGCUGAGGCUGCAACAGAGGCGGACGCGGGAACAGCUUGUGGACCAGGGCAUCAUGCCACCCUUGAAGAGCCCAGCAGCAUUCCAUGAGCAGAUAAAAAGCUUGGAACGAGCCAGAACUGAAAACUUUUUGAAGCACAAGAUUCGAAGCCGACCAGAUCGUUCUGAACUUGUCAGGAUGCACAUUUUAGAAGAAACAUUCGCAGAGCCAUCCCUGCAGGCCACUCAGAUGAAGCUGAAAAGAGCCCGCCUAGCUGAUGAUCUGAAUGAAAAGAUUGCUCAGAGACCUGGUCCUAUGGAGCUGGUAGAGAAAAACAUCCUGCCUGUAGACUCCAGUGUUAAGGAAGCAAUUAUAGGUGUUGGGAAGGAAGGCUAUCCCCAAACUCAGGGUGAUUUCUCAUUUGACGAAGACAGUAGUGAUGCUUUGUCUCCAGACCAGCCUGCCAGCCAGGAGUCGCAGGGCUCGGCUGCAUCCCCAAGUGAGCCAAGAGUUAGUGAGUCACCGUCUCCAGUGACUGCAAACACUCCAGCCCAGUUUACUACAGUGUCCCCAACAGUUCCUGAAUUCUUGAAAACUACUACUACUACUACUACUACGGAUCAGCCCCCCACAAGGUCCACAGCUCCUGUGCUCCCCUCAAACACUGUGUCCUCAGCAAAGCCUGGGCCAACACUGGUAAAGCAAAGCCACCCCAAGAAUUCAAAUGACAAGCACCGUAGCAAAAAAUGCAAAGACCCCAAACCACGGGUAAAGAAGUUGAAGUACCACCAGUACAUUCCCCCGGACCAGAAAGGUGAGAAGAGCGAGCCACAGCUGGACUCCAACUACGCCCGCCUGCUCCAGCAGCAGCAGCUGUUCCUGCAGCUGCAGAUCCUGAGCCAGCAGCAGCAGCACUACAACUACCAGACCAUCCUGCCUGCGCCACUCAAGCCACUCAAUGACAAAAAUAACAACAGUGGCAAUUCAGCUUUGAACAAUACUACACCUAACACACCAAGACCGAAUGCAUCUGCUCCUGUGAGGAAGCCAGGACCUCUGCCUCCCAGUUUGGAUGACUUAAAGGUAUCAGAACUGAAAACAGAACUGAAGCUGAGAGGUCUUCCAGUGUCAGGCACCAAACCAAACCUUAUCGAACGCUUGAAACCCUUCCAGGAGAUGAAUAGCAACGGAGCUGCUGCUGAUGGCAUCGUGGCCGUGUCAACAUCUGCUGUCAUCACCAGUAGCCCAGAAGUCACCAUGGCAGUGCCAGUCACCACCCUGCAUAACUGUGUGGCAAGCUCGGGCUCCCCUCUCAAAGCAGAACUGCCCCCUACUGGAACCAGCAAUGUGAUCCACGUGGAGAAUGUUAAUUCGCCUCUGCCGAUCUCACCAUCUCCCUCCGAACAGUCCAGUCUCAGCACCGAGGACACAAACAUGGCCGACACUUUCACUGAGAUUAUGACCAUGAUGUCUCCAUCUCAGUUCUUGUGUUCAUCUCCUUUGAGAGUGACCAGUAACGAAGACAGCCUGAGUCCCACCAGCAGCACUCUGUCCACUCUGGAACUGGAUGCAGCUGAGAAGGAUCGCAAGCUUCAGGAGAAAGAGAAGCAAAUCGAAGAGCUAAAGAGGAAACUGGAACAAGAGCAGAAACUCGUGGAAGUUCUGAAAAUGCAACUGGAGGUUGAAAAACGAGGGCAGCAGCAGCGGCGGCCACUGGACCCCCAGCCCAGCGCCCCUGCUCAUUCUGUCAGCCAGUCAGAGCAGAAACAGGGCAGUGUGGGCUCCUCUGUCAAAGAUGAGACCUCACUCGCUGACUGCUCCAGCCCCAGGAAGCCUGUCCCGGUAGCCAGCCUUCCUGUGGGGCAGCCUGUCUCUGUAGGUGGCCAGACCCUUGUCGCCAAAAAGGCUGUAGUGAUCAAGCAAGAGGUCCCUGUGGCCCAGGCAGAGCAGCCAAGCGUGGUCCCACAGUUUUACGUGAGUUCCCAGGCACAGCCACCGCCUGCUGUUGUCGCUCAGCCGCAGACUCUGCUGACCACGCAGACUGCUCAGCUGCUGCUCCCAGUGUCCAUCCAGGGCUCCAGUGUCACCUCCGUGCAGCUCCCCGUGGGCAGCCUCAAACUCCAGACUCCACCACAAGCAGGAGUCCAGACUCAGCCUCAGAUAGCAACCACCACCUUGUCCUCGGGCUUGGCACAGACUGCGCCUCAGCAACCAGGCACCUUUGCACCGCACGUGCUCAGUCAGCCGCAAGUCAGAAAGGUUUUCACAAGCUCGGCAUCCAAUACAGUUCUUCCAUAUCAGAGACCACCGGCUCCAGCGGUCCAGCAGCCCUUCGUUAACAAGACGUCCAGCAGCGUUCUCCAGUCCAGAAGUGCCCCCCUUCCGUCCCUGCAAAACGGACCGAGCCCGCCCAGCAAGCCGAGCUCGCCCCUGCCACCCCAGCAGUUUGUCGUCCAGCACUCUCUGUUUGGGAGCCCAGUCCCCAAGACGAAAGACCCGCCCCGCUACGAGGAGGCCAUCAAGCAGACACGCAGCACCCAGUCCUCUCUUCCAGAGGUUUCCAAUGCACACAGUCAGCAGAUGGACGACCUCUUUGAUAUCCUCAUUAAGAGUGGAGAAAUUUCUCUCCCUAUAAAGGAAGAGCCUUCUCCUAUUUCCAAAAUGAGACCAGUGACAGCCAGCAUCACCACAAUGCCAGUCAACACCGUGGUGUCCCGGCCCCCGCCCCAGGUCCAAAUGGCACCGCCCAUAUCUCUCGAACCUCUGAGCAGUUUAUCUGCCAGCUUAGAGAACCAACUGGAAGCUUUCUUGGAUGGGACUUUACCUUCAGCCAAUGAAAUUACUCCACUACAAAGCAGCAGCGAGGACCGAGAGCCCUUCUCCCUGAUCGAGGAUCUCCAGAACGACCUGCUGAGUCACUCGAGCAUGCUGGACCCCUCACACUCGCCCAUGGAGACUGCCGAGGCCCAGUUUGCCGCGAGCACUCCCUGCCUGUCCCUGGACCUCUCUGACUCAAACCUGGACAACAUGGAGUGGCUAGACAUCACCAUGCCCAACACGUCGUCGGGACUCACUCCCCUCAGCGCCACUGCCCCAAGCAUGUUCUCUGCUGACUUCCUAGACCCCCAAGACCUGCCGUUGCCAUGGGACUAA